GAACAAGCAAGUAACAGUUGGUCACGUGACCACAAAGAAACAUGUUUUCAUUCCACAUAAAUUUCGGCGCAGUAAUGUUUCUAGGUUAGGAAAUGUGUAUUGAAAUCUAUGUACUUACUAGAUACCCCAUACGUCCUGAGUUUGUAUCUGAUUCAAAGCUUCGACAUUUGGUAAUGUAUGUUCCUGCAAUAAAUAUCCUGGGGCCAAGAGUGGCCGGAAGUGACGUCGCCAAUAUUCUCCAUCAGUGCGAUCUCCACGAGAAGCAGAAGCAGCUGUACAAGAAUGAGGAACUGAAAACGUUUUGUCGGGUCUUUCCCAUCGGCUGCCUCGUGACACAAGGCAGGCAAGUUUCUUGGGAAGGUCGUCGGCUUCUCCUGAAGGGAUCGUCCGUCGUUUGCUGCCGAACCCGGGGCGAUCUGGAGGCGGGGUCGGUGGGUAGCUGCGCUGUGCGGUGGCCGCGGUGUGGUCAUGUUCUCCGUGUUUAAGCGGAAUCGACACAGUAGUACCAGGAACACGACCAUGGCAUCCGCCCCCAGCACUACCCAGGUGCAGAAGGAGGAAGCACCACACGACAGCGGGAAGACAGACCAGCCCAGCCCGCAGAAAGGCGAGGAGGCGCCCGAUACCAGAAAAAAGGACGAUCCGAUCUCUACAGUGGACAAGGAGGACAAGAAGGAAACCAAACCACAGAAGGACUUGGGUGCUCGUCCCAAGACAAUGCCAUUCCGGAAGAAGGGCGCGAAAGACAAGUCCAAAUCCAAGGAGAAAGACAAGGAACGUAAAGGGUCAGACCCAGGCCCGAGCCCGGUGAAGAAGACGCUUUCUAUCAAGGAGAAGUUUCGAAGGAAGUCUGACCAAGGAGCCGAGGUUCCUUGCGAGGAUGGACAGAACAAACCCAACAGAACCGGGUGCGUCUGUACAAGAUAUGCGAGGACGGAGGACCAUCCACUGGGAGCUGGUGUCAUCUUCAGUACCAAGGACUCGUCAUCAGAGGCUGCCCAGGAGAGCCAAUAUGAAGAACUUCCCGAACUCCCACCAAAGCCACGGAAAGAACCUCCUAAAGAGGAGCCAGCAGACACCAACAGAUAUGGCGAUCGGGAUUCAUUUCCUGUUUAUGACGAGGAGGAGAUGAUGCGGGAAGUGCGACGGCGUGACAUUGAGGAGGGGAUCGACCCCCCUCCCGGGUACAACCCACCUGACAUCACAGAUGGGAUCUGGAAAACGAUCGUACACCACGACCACGACGAAGUCAUCUCAGAUUUCAUCAACCGCAACCUCCAGAAGCUGACGGUGCCGUGGGAACGGACCCAGGCUGUCCGGGCGGUGGUCGGGCAGUUCAAGCCGGCACUGCACACCUACCAGAACCAGUUUGGGCGGUUUGAGGUGGCACAGAAGCUGACACCACGUCGCAUUCACACGCAGAUUGACUACAUCCACUGCCUGGUCCCAGACAUGGUCACUAUUGUGAACCAGCCGUACUAUUGGGGUGUCAUGGACCGCUACGAGGCUGAGGAAGUCUUGGAGGGAAAGGCAGAGGGCACGUUCCUCCUCAGAGACUCUGCCCAGGAGGACUUUCUGUUCUCUGUGAGCUUCCGCAGGUACGGGCGCACACUGCAUGCACGUAUCGAACAGUGGAACCACCUCUUUAGCUUUGAUGUGCAUGACCCGGCGGUCUUCGCAGCCCCCACAGUGUGCAAGCUCCUCGAACACUACAAGAACCCGGACUGUUGCAUGUUCUUUGAACCGAUGCUGACCACCCCCCUCCCCCGGCCCUUUACCUUUCCCCUGCAGGCUCUGUGCAGGUCUGUUAUCUGUAAGUACACCACCUAUGAUGGCAUCAACAGUCUCAGGCUGCCGGACUCGCUCAAGGACUACCUGAAGGUCUACCACUACAAGCAGCGCGUUCGAGUUCGCAGAUUCGAGAUGGACAAGCAACCUGCCAUCAAAAUAACCACAGUGUAGGCCACAACAAAUUAAUUCCUUGGUUCUCUAACUGAAGAAACAUAAAUGCUGAAUAUCAUGCUAAUAAGCGUGAAAACAGUUGACCUGUACCUUGGCACACACAGUUUUAGGGGGUGAAACCAGCACUCUGUUUUCAUCCGUUAGACAUUGAAAUGUCAGAGAAGCAAGGAAAUAAAUUGGUUUGGCUGUAGGGCAGAGGUUUAAAAUAUUUUUCUGCUACUAGAUUGCUAGGCUACCAAUUGUACAGCUACCCUCCGCCGUAGCUUGGGCCCCCUCUGUUGUUAUAUAUAUGAGGUAGUGUAACAGAUAAGUGUGAAAUUUGUAAAAUUGCAAUCAACAAUUUUAAGAAAGGAAGUUAAAUAGAUCAUAUCUCUAUUAUUCACAGGCAUAUUUUACUUUGAUGUGUUCAUCAUAUCUGUAUGAAAAUAUAUGUAGCAGGAUUAUUUUAUUGCUGAUUGAAGCAGAAGUGUUGAGCUACAACAAGUAUUUUGGAGGUAACUCGGAGGUUACAGACACCAAAGUCACCGUUUGCUCUCACCAAGCGGAUAAAUCUUAGAUGUUAUAUGUGGAAUAUCAUCUCUUAAAAGAGAUUAUUGCCAAUAAAUAAUGAAGAAAGGUUUCAACUGUCACAAUGGGAAACAUUGACGGUUAGUUAAAAUGAUGCUGACAAAUAAUCUCUACAACUGGAUAAGAAUUGUUAGAAGGAAUAGUAAGCUUUUGGAGUUCUUUCUGGAUAUUUAGUGUUUGGCUCAGGUUUUCUGUGGAAGAAGAUAUUCUCAUGAAUAGAUAAGGAAUCAGACUGUCCUAGAAUGAGUAGUUCACCUAUUUUACUUCAGACUGAAACAUCAAAUUGUUGUCGUGUACAUGUAUUUUGCAAAGGGUGUGACACAGGAUAGGUACUUGUGCAUUUUACUCUGAAAUAUCUCCAAAAUACCUAGAUAAAAGUCAUACCAUUCCUAUACUUAUAUAUAUGUCGAUAUAUAUAUUUCUAUUGUAUGACUUGUUCAUUUAGACCAAUACUGUGCAUGGUUUGAUAUUUCAAUAAUUUGAUCUGUUAUCAAGGGUCUGAAACCAACAUUAUGAACCUUGUUAUGUACAAUCUCCAAGCAGAGAUGUACUGCUCUGGGAGAUACUAGUACUUCAUGCCGCAUCACACCAUUUUUAUCAAGUGUUCAAAGAUUCCUUGAUUGUCAACCUCUGAGUAAAGCUUGCAUCACUAGCAUUAUGGAAACAUGCUGCAAAAAGAUCAGUAGAAUUUAGGAAACCCACCCAUCUGAUUGGAGAUUAGCUAGAUAGCUUUCUCCAUUUCAUCCCCAGAUCACCCUGUUUUGUUAUGUCUAGUCACACACUGUACAUUUCAACAGUAUUCCACCCAUGCAUAUUACAAAUAGCAAAACAUGGAAUCUUCACCAAUGUGGAAAUAAUUGCAACAAAGGGAGGUGUAGGUUAGCCUGGUUGAAAGGCCUAUAGCACGCUCACUGAGCUACUGUGUGUCCAGUGUGCUAUGGGUUUGGCACCCAGGCUAGGUGUUGGUGUGUAAGUGGAGUGUUGAGGUUCCAUUGCCAUGUUAUAAGAGCAAGGCAGAUUGUUACUGAAUGUGAUUUUUAGGGUGCAAUGUAACUAAUUGUUCAAUUUGUACAGUGUUCUGAUGUCAUCAGGGUGUUCUGGAAACCCGCUAUCAGACUGAUCCUGGCCAUGAAAAUUAGCAGUUAAUCCUACAGCACAGAAGAUGCACAUAAACCACAUUUUUAUGUUUCUGUUUUGCAUUUCAAAUUUAACCUUUUGACCGUGAGAAGGUUGCCUAUGGGCAUUACACUAAUCUCCACCAAAACUGCUUUGCCCCAGGGUCUUUCAAAGGACACCUGGUGAGGCUGCAGACCCCUCCCUGCAUUCCUCCAAACUCUCACCAGUAACAGCUACCAGUGUCACCAGAAAUUUGAGAACUUUCUUGCAAAUUCAUCCUCUUUUCGUGAAUUUCCUCCAUGAUGGGGCCCAGUGGAGCCUGCCCUUAAUCCAGGUUGUGGGGGUGUGCAGGUUAAGUUCCAGGCAUCAUAAUCAGUGAUCCAAACAUCCUGUCAUUAUCACUUCCAGUUCCAGGAAACAUGUCAUUGCCUACCGGGAACAGGCCCUCAUGUUAACACCUGGUCUUCUUCCUGUGGUCUUGUAACCCAGAAACCAACCCGAAAUACAACAUGACUAGAUCAAAAUUAACACUGGUUGCUUUAAAUUUGAAAAUUCCCUGGGGAUUUGGAAAAGAAAAUAUUCAAAUCAAAAUUUGACAGACAAAAAGACCCACAGUAUUGAGGGAAGCAUGCCUUCUCAAUUGACAUGGAACUGUGCUUUACACUAGCUAGGUUGAAAUGUCUCGUAAUUCCUAAUGUGCUGAUUUUCCUGGUGUCCUUCCAAAGUAAGAGCAUACAGUGUUUUGAUUGGAGUUGUUAGAUACAGUGCACUGCCUACUGGUAGUAUUAAGUGAUAUGCUACUGAUGCCUCGUAGCUUUCCUGACAUAGUAUUGUGAAAACAGGGCUGCUGGCAUGCAUAGUGUUACAAAGGGCUGUACUGUAGGAUAUCUGGCUAGACAGUUAAUUUUAUCUGCA